GCUGAACAACUCAACAUCACACUUCAGCUUGAUACCCUAAAUCCCGUGUGUGUUACAACAGAAGGAAAGGUGGUAACUGCAACAAGAGCUGGGAAUCUGUUGAAGCAAUCUCAAGAGAAGCAGUUCUUGGAGAUCGCUAAAGACAAAAAGCAGUUGUUACUACGAAGCUCUACACAAAGGAGAAGACGCAAACCUCCACCGACAGCGAAGUUCUAUGCAGGUUAUGUGGGAAGGUAGCUGAGAGCGUUGCACAUGUAUUGGCUGGAUGUUCCUCCCUGGCACAAACCAAGUACCUAUACAGGCAUAAUGCAGCUUUGAAGAUUCUGUUUUUUUGAGCUCCUGCGAGAGCAUGGGCUAACAGAAGAGGUUCCACCAUGGUACUCACCGGUGAUGCCAAAACCAGCCUACCAGAACACCACGAGUGAGGCUUUUUGGGAUAUUCCCAUCUAUGCAGAGCACAACGAAGUUAGAGCAAAUCGGAUCGACGCGCGACUUGUCAGCCACGAGAGGAAAGAAGUCUGCACAAUUGAAAUGAGCUGCCCAUGGAUUGAGAGUAGAGCUAAGAAAGACGAGGAAAAGACACUCAAAUAUGGGCCGAUGAUGUGGGAGCUGAAACAGAGAUACAAUGGUUACAGGGUUGAACAGUACAACGUCAUAAUUGACGUACUGGGUGGUUACUCUAAACACCUAGAGAAGUCGGUGAGGAAGCUGCUUGGGGCGAGAGAACGGAGCGUACUUGAGCGGAUGCAGAAGUCGGUCAUCUCGAACACUUUAAACAUUGCCAGAACAUUUAAGAUAAAUACUUAGUUAGGGCACUAAGGACUUUAGUUUUUAGGUUUUUGUUUUUUCUCUAGAAAUCUAGAAACACAAGCUUGCUGACGUUUUUACUUAGAUUUUUUAGAACAUAAGAGUUUGAUAUUAUUAUAAAUAAGCUUUUAGGAGAGAUAGCGAAGGUUUUACAGAGUAUCAGAAUUUAAUAAUAUUCUAAAUUGGCUUUUUAAGUAGAGAGAUUCAUAUCACUAUGUAUUUUAGGAUCGUAUUGGGUUUCGUAUCGACCUUUUUUUACUUCUAAGUAUAGGUUCUCAGGUGGUGUAGGUCACGCUAUGCGCCCUAUACUACUCAUAAUGUGGACAGCAUCCCAAAGUUUCAUACUGCGACAUAAUAAUAAUAACAGUAAUAAUAAUAUUUAUCCAGGGAGCCUACUCGCCUAAGCGGUUUUCAUUGGGGCCCUGAAAAUAAUAAAUGACAGAAUGACAAAAACAAUAAAUGCUAAAUGCCCUACUUAAAAAAAUUCAAAACUAAGAAAGAGAUAAAAAUUGAUUUUUUCAUAUAAAACUAAUUUUAAAAUAGUUUAAAAUAUUGGAUUAGGUAUCAUUUACAAAGUCUUAAGCUUUUCCUUAAAACGGGACAAUGAUUUGCUGUUUUUAGUGUCAUUGUCUGGGUUGUUCCAGUCGUUAGGGGCUUGAAAAAUGAAAGUUUGCUUGCCCCAAUUGGUGUGCACGCAAGGAAGGUGUAAAUCAUUACUUCGUCGAGUUUGAUAAACUGAUGAAAAUUACUAUUGCUCCUGAUGUCAAAUUUAAGGUGGCUCGACUGGAUUUUUUGGUGUUGAUACCUCCCCAGUUUGAGCAUCAACUACGUCGGCAUGAGUAAAGACAUGGAAAAAAGGUUACAACAGCUGCAUUAUAUAAAGAUGAAAAUUUCUUAUGAUCUGGGUUUUAUUGUAAUCGGAGUCGCCAUGGCAACGUAAUGACGCCAUUACCUUUUUUAUUUAUCUUUGUGUUUCUCUGUACCAAGAGUUUUUUGAAGAAAUCGCUUAAGGUAGUAUGUACCUGCCAUGAUUGCCUCCAUUAUGGCAAAGUUUAAACAAAUUCUGAGAGCGUUUUCGAAAUAUUUUGAAAUGCUUUUUUAAGAAUCAUAAAAACAGUGAAAUAGCAUGCUAGCCACACAAUUUGCUGAUAUUUUAAGAAAAUGAUAAGCUUUGGGAACGCGGCCUCGUCUCAUAGUGGUUUGAUUCCAUUGAAAACUGCAUACAAAAAAAGAGGGCAACUGCUCUGGGCGAUCGCGAGUAAGAAGAAUUUUAUUAACUUGAAUUCAGCUGCUUUUGAUAAAGCUUUUGGACGUUAUUUGGUCCAUGCCUAAAAAUUUCGCAUUUUUCCAAAAACCGCUCGAUAAAUUUUUUUAUAAAUUCGACAAUCCCGAGAUCAAUCGUCAAGAAAUAUUCCCUGCAAGUUUCAAGAACAUUGAAAACAAGGAAGGCUUUUAAAUAGGGCCUCAAAUAUAGCCAAUUUUUCCCCCAGAUUUUGUGUUUACAAGUGAGCGUCCUCAUUAUUCACUGGCAUUGUUUUCAAGUUUCAUAUGCACGUGCACAACCAGCAAAAGAUAUAAAUUUGCAUCAAAAAGAACUCUCGAUUACUUUCCGAAGAAAUAUUCGGAAUAUGCAAAUAAUUUGCUUGUCGUCAUAGAUAGCAGUGAGAGCCGAAACGGUGAACGUCACGGCUCAUCGUGUAGGAUGCAAUACUUAAUUAUCUUACUCGGGUUAUAACAUCAUAGAAACUCUCACAGAGAGUUGCUCUGAUGUUAUAAUGUAUCACUAAACUCUUUACCCGGUAAUUAGCAUAUCCCGGAGAUUUAACCGAGGGUCUUUUUUGAUGCGACGCUCACUUGUAAACACAAAAUCUGGGGGGAAAAUUGGCUAUAUUUGAGGCCCUAUUUAAAAGCCUUCCCUGGUUUCAAUGUUCUUGAAACUUGCAGGGAAUAUUUCUUGACAAUUGAUCUCGGGAUUGUCGAAUUUAUAAAAAAAUUUAUCGAGCGGUUUAUGAAAAAAUGCGAAAUUUUUAGGCAAAAGCAGCUGAAUGCAAGUUAAUAAAAUUCUUCUUACUCGGGAUCGCCCAGAGCAAUUCCCCUCUUUUUUUGUAUGCAGUUUUCAAUGGAAUCAAAGCACUAUGAGAUGAGUCCGCGUUCCCAAAACUUAUCAUUUUCUUAAAAUAUCAGCGAAUUGUGUGGCUAGCAUGCUAUUUCACUGUUUUUAUGAUUCUUAAAAAAGCAUUUCAAAAUAUUUCGAAAACGCUCUCACAGAAUUUGUUCAAACUUUGCCAUAAUGGAGGCAAUCAUGGCAGGUACAUACUCCCUUAAGCGAUUUCUUCAAAAAACUCCCGGUAUAGAGAAACACAAAGAUAAAUGAAAAACGUAAUGGCGUCAUUACGUUGCCAUGGCGACUCCGAUUACAAUAAAACCCAGAUCAUAAGAAAUUUUCAUCUUUACAUAAUACAGCUGUGGUAACCUUUUUUCCAUAUCUUUACUCAUGCCGACGUAGUUGAUGCUCAAACUGGGGAGGUAUCAACCCCAAAAAAUCCAGUCGAGCCACCUUAAAGUCAAUUUCCCCUGAUAGAUAUUUUUACAUCAUAUCACAGCGAUGGAAGUGUCGUCUCUUUGAGAGGGUCUUUAGGUCCAAUCCAUCUAGUGACCUUCUCAAAGAGAGGACACGUCCAUCGCUGUGCUAUGAAUGAUGAAAAAGUAUUUAAAAUAUUCCAAAGUCCUUUGUUUUAGAAAAGGAUGAUUUUUUAUAUCAAGUAUACAUAGAGCCUUUAAAUUUCAAUAACAAUCUGAAAACAGCGAUAUCUGAAAAUAAUACUGCUGAAAUCAGUGCGGGUCCUCUGUCUUCCAGUGCAAUCACACUCCCAAAUUACAGUUGCGGUGAUUUGCAAAACAUUGAAAAGCAAAUCGUACCAAGGAGCUUAAUCCCUGAAUGUCAUCCCCAGACUCAAAUUACAAUUUCGGUGAUUUGCAAAACAUUGAAAAGCAAAUCGCACUGAGGAGCUUACUUCCUGAAUGUUGUCCUCAGACUUAAAACUGAGCUAAAAGUAAUUUAACUCACUCUGGGGAUGAAGAGAUAAAUCAAUCCACUUAUAAAAUUUCUCUUUUUUUGCUCGCAUUAUUCAAGAGUCAGAAAAAUGGUAGUACCCAACAGCACCCUAUUGAACCAUUUUCCGUAACAAAGUAAGAGGUUCACUGCUGAAAGUAGGGACAAUAGCCAGGGACAUUUUUUCCCGAUCAUGCUCAGCUCGAUGCAUUUUUACAUCUUGUCUGAUCAUAUUAAGUCUUCAAGAUGUCGAGCCUGCACAGCUGAAAUGUUAGUAAAAAAAUCGGGGGUAAAGAGUAUGGUGUUACGUCUGGCCUUGUCACGGAAGUUUUUCCAUUAACUCAACUCAGUGAUGUCGCAGGAUAACGGUGAGAUCAGCAGCUGUCAGUAAUAAUGAUAAUAGAAGCUGACUACUGACCACCCGGAAACAGGAAAUUAUUCUUCCUGCAUUCUAGACACGCCUGUACCUAAUAAAUGUUUGCCCAUAAUAGUUUACAAAUAAACAAAAAUGCACAUGUGUUAAAAUGGUAUCAGACUUGCUAUUCUGUGUUAUUUGCUCUAAAAAUGUUUUGUUUUGCAGAUUAUUGUCCUUAUGAGAUGGCGCAUAGCUUUCUUUGGAAUAGAACUCAAGAGGGCAAGGAAAUUUUAAAGCAGUGUUCAAUGGUAGACCCCUCAUGGACAGGUUAGGCUUAGUGUCUCACAGAUCAUUGUUGCUAAUUCAAAAUAUGUUCUUCCAUUGUGACAAAGAUGUUCCUAGUCUUGACGGACUAUCUUCAAUACGUUAAGUCCCACUAAUGGUCUUUCUAGUUUUGAGAAGCUUGCAAUGAUCUUUCAGCGAAGAUUCAUUCCUUGGAAUAGUGAAAUGAAAGGGUUUUAUCCCGGGGGGGCACUCCCAUACAUUACCUAUACGGGUAUGUGCCGCCCAACGGGGUCGUGAUUUUGAAGCUCCUGGUUUAGAAAGGGGUAUCCAUUUCAGAGGCGUUUUCUAGAACGGGGUAUAAUAUUUCGAACGCACGAAAGCUCCAGUUUUGUAAGCAGCCAUUUGAAAUUAUUCAAGGACAGAUUGCUUUUAAAAAUACGGUUCAAUGCGUUAACAAGCAAACUGUUAUACUCUUGUUGCACCCUGGAACGGAGUAUAAAAAAUUGGCCCAUUUCAAUUUUAGGGCGAAUUCUAAAACGGGGGAUAAAAAUUGGCCCAUUUCCAGAACGGGGUAUCAAUUUCAGGGGAAAUUUUUUUUAGAACGAGGUGCCAAUUUGGAGUCCCGGGGGGCACAUACCCACCUAAAAAAUACCCAAGUGCCCCCCCGGAGGUUUUAUGCAAGAAGACGUUUCCUCAGCGCGCAUAUACCGCAUCUCUUGAAUGCAAUCUUUAUUAAUAUUGGGAAUACACUACACUGAAGCGAUGUUAACGAGCAACAUAGCUCUCUUACAACCCUAAUGCAGCUGAAACUGAAAAAUAUGCAAGAGAACAUUGAAAAUAUUAAGGUGUGUGUUUGUAUGUUUAUUUAUAAUUCUGUUCCUACUUACAUUCAACUUUAUUUUUCAUCAUCUAGGAGAGUUUGGUAGUAAAUGCAGCCGAAACGCUUUACAGACAGUUUGGUUGCACAAAACUACCUGCAACUGUGAGAAGAAAAGCGUGGUGGACUACUUCAGAAGCAAAGUGAGUACAUAUAUAACAUAACUGUAACCAAGGCAUCAGUGUAUGUUUCUUGUCAGCUGGGAGGGGAAUUUUCUUACUUCAUAAAGCAGUUCACGUAAAUUGAAAUAAAAUAGUUAGUCUUGAUCGAAGCGUGAAUUUUAUCAAAUUCUAUUUUUAUCUUGUCCAGAUCGCUGGUGUCAACAAAACCAACUUCAUGAAUAUAUCGGAAGAGUUAGUCCGCUCAGCACAAGCGCAAGAAUUCAUCAAUCCUAAAUCAUUUCAGGAUUUCUUCACAGAGCUGUUUAAUAUUGCAACAACUCAGUUGCUGAUUCCACUUACUCACCAAAAUGCUGAUGCAGCUUUGCAGUACUGUAUGGUAAGAAAACCUACAUAGAAAGGGUUUCGUUAAUCCUUUGUCUCAUAUUGUCACAUAUAUAUUGAUCGCGACGUUUCCUGCAGGUCUUCAUCAGGUGACAGUGACACUUCUAUUGCCUAAUGAAGACCUGCACUACGCGGUCAAAAUAUCUAGGACAAUCGUGAGACAAACGAUUAACAAAACUCUUUAUACACAUCAUCCACGAUGAACAAUAUCUUUCAUGACACAAAUAAGAGACAAAUCCUUGAACAAUGUGCUAUUGGGUGAUGCAUCACAUUCUAAGCUUAUCCUUAAUAAAUGUACUUUACAAAGAGAGUCAACGUUGAUGUACGGUAUUUACUCAAAUAAGCGCCGCCCCCUAAUUAAGCGCUGAGGAGGAGCCGCUUACCAACUAUGGUCAAAACCAGAGGAUGUUAAUUCCGUCUGUUUAAUGCGGAAAAUACCAGUGCCAAAUUUGAAGCGUGAAAAAAAAAAAAAAAGUGGAUUGCCUUCAACUUCUGCACAACAUAACAAAGUGGCUUGCAUUGGAAGUUUGAGGUACAAUAUGUUACCCUAAAUUCUCUUCCCUACAGCACGUGAUCAACACUGUACCUAGUUCCUCUCCUUACGCUGUCAGCAGUUCCGCCUUCUGCAAGCCUUCAUUGGUAGGUACAUACAUACGUACUUUAUUCGUCCCAAAAAGGCUUUUCACAAUAAAGAUAAAAUUAGACAACUCUUGAAGUCCUUUAAGGUCGGUUUCACUUUGAGGGCGGGGUGUCGUGAGUUCCAAAGUUUAAAUGUUCUGAAAUAGAAGGUUCUUGCUAUCACAGUUUUAUACAGAGGAAUAUAAAACAUUAGAGUUGGGAAUUCUUCAUGGUACGCUUAGUGAUGCAAGCUCUUUGAUUAUACUCAGAAAAUAACGAAUCUGGUUCACACCCAGUUACAAAUUUAAAAGCUAUAAUUGCAUGACGGUAGAAGAGCUGCUGUCUUACUGGUAGCCACUAGCUGGAAAUAUAGGAGAAAUAUGAUCAUAUUUCCUUGUGUUGCCAACGAUACGGGCGGCAAAAUUUUGCACAGCUUGGAUCCUAUUCAGGUUGUGUUCAGAAGUGUUGCUCCAGACAUUACAACAGUAAUAUAGCGUACUGAAAACUAAGGCAUUGAUCAUACAGUCAACUCUCGCCUUGCGCACACUCCGCUAUUACGGACAUCCCAAUAAUACGCAUAGCAGCUACAUCCCCGCUGAAAGAAAAUAUACAGACGUUUGACUGAAAUAAACUCUCACUAUUACAGACUCUCGCUAAAGAGGGCACUAACUCGAGGUCCCUAUACAUUGAACGCUAUAAAGGGAGUUGAAUGUAAAGGUUAAAGUGCUCUUGUCGAAAGUGUGUUUUCCCCGCAGGUUUUUAGUCUGACAUUAGGGCCAUUUAUGCGAGGAAAAAUAAGACGCGUCCUAAAUAAGACGCAAACUAUCCCGUAUAAACGGCACAUAAGACGCGACUUAGCAAAGAGGCGUCUUAUCGAAGAACAGGUGUUAGGGGCUGUUCUUAGAUAGGACGCGUCUUAGCUAAAUUUCAAACGAAAUGUGCCGUUUAUACGGGAUAGUUUGAGUCUUAUUUAGGACAUGUCGUAUCUAAGACGCGUCUUAUUUUUAGCUUAUUUUUCCUCGUUUAAACGGCCCUAUUAUCAUUAAACGUUGUGCGGUUCAUAGGAUUAUGAUCGAAAUUCACUGGCGGAUAAAGCACUGGAGUUUCUCCGUGGAGCGCCUAAUGAUACCAUAGCGUUUAGACAGGGUUCAAUGCUACGUCUCCGAUACGUACGUACGUUUAUGUGAGUAGCCAAUGUUAAGAAAUCUUGCCCGAAGGGGGCGGGGAAAAGGAGCUCCCGUUAAGAAACUAAAUGGUAUAGUCAUGAGCUGUUAUGAGUUUCACGGCAUUGGUCUGACCAGUUAGAUGUGUUAUUUCAAGAGGAAUAUUAAGACUGUAAACUCGGCGUGGUAAAUGGACAAAAGUAGAUUAUUGGAGAUCAUUCAAUCGAUGGUUGUUAGUUUCAAAACUUACAGAUGAGCCAAUCGAUAGUCACCAGUAGUUUUGAGUUUUGUUCACCAUCAAUUGACAUCGAUUACUGUCAUACCGUUUAUUAUAAAUAAGUCGCCGGGUAUUCAUCGCAGAGAUUUACACACACACAUACACACACAAAAAAAUCCACAGGCAGAUAGCAUCGUGGCCUUUCAGUAGGCUCCCGACAAGUUUGCCAUCCCUGAGAGAGCCUUAAAAAACAUCCUGAAAACACUUAACACCUUCAACAAAGGAGUUCGCGCUCGUUCUUCAGCAAGAAACCAAAUACAGCAGCGCCAGUCUCUUUUUGUUGUCUGAUUUACUCUUUUUUUCAUUUACUACUCCACUGGUUUUCCCGUGGCCGGAAUUUUAGAUAUUAAGUGAUUAAGUAAUUUAUAUUCAUUCAAGAAUAACUUUUAGGCUUAAUAUUUAGUUUACGUUAGGUUGACUAUUAACAGUUUUACAUGGUGUCUCCUAUGUAAAAAAUGAUGUGUAAUCAUGUGCACUAAUUUCAGAUAACACCGUUAGUUUUGUAUGAAAAUGAUAUAUCAUUUGCUUUAGAGAGUUGCUGAUUUGUUGCAACUGGAAUAGACCAAAAUUACCCUUAACAGGUUUAAAUCUAAAACUCAAUUAACUAUUUAAUUUCUUAGCACCAACCCCUUCAAAGAGAACUUCAUAAAACCAGUUUUCGUGGCGACCUUACCCAGAGAAGAGCUGAUUCUGCAGUUAAACUCAGCUCCGCUGCUGCCAGCGGCUGUUUCCGCGACAUCUACACCAGUUGUUAUCAACACAAAAAGCAACACUUCGCAGGCAAACGAGACAAAAAUUAUGCAAAACAAUGAGGUGAGUCUCUGUUCAUGACUGCGUCAACUCAUGUUAGCACGAUAGGGGUUAAAGUAAACAUAACAAAGAAGAUAAUUAUUAGUUAACAACAACAACAACAACAAUAAUAAUAGUAAUAAUAAUAAUAAUGAUAAUGAUAGUGAUAAUGAUAAUGAUAAUGAUAAUGAUAAUGAUAAUGAUAAUGAUAAUGAUAAUGAUAAUGAUAAUAGCGGCGCUCCAAGCGCGGGGCGGAGCCCCAUAGCUAAGGAAAUCUACCAAUUCCAGAAAAUUUGGUAAUCACGUGACCGUACACCGAACGAACAAACGACCAUCCGUCCACACCACAGGGAAACCAAUGUUUACUCUCACACUUUCUAGCUAGUUUGGGAGCCCAGGAGAAAACUUAUUGCACAUUAAUGUUGUGAUCAAUUGACAACUGUCAAAACAGGGUAUCCGCUGACCAGUAUCACAUGACCGUACCGCGGGCUCAAGUGUCGACCCAUCGAGGUCGAGUAUUUUUUGAAGUUAUUGGCUGACAAAUUACCAGUUUUAAAUGAUCGCAGGCUCAAGUUUAUUUUUUCCAAUGAUUCAUGUGAAAUAUGUUGUGUCUCUGUCAUUAUGGCCCCGCACUAUUAAAAUUUUGAUUUCAAACUGACCUCGGACGCGAAAAUUCAGCCAGUUUUUCAAAAAUACAGGCAAGGAAGACCUUUUCUUACCAUGGUUACGCGUUGGUCACGCUCUACGUCCAAUGUUUAUGCUCUGAUUGACAGGUGAGUUCAUGCGGAAAAUUUAUGCAGCAUCUUGAAAGUUGUAUACUUUGACAGUUGAAGCUGACAGAGUUUUGUGUCAACUUGUGAUGUUUUUAACUGUCUUUGUCUCCACUGGAUGUACAAAAUGAAAAUACAUCUGCAAACAAAAAAGGCAAACACCGGGAGGCCGGCUUAAAGUGAAACGUAAUUAACUUAAGCUUAAAGACUCAGGAUUUUUAGAGACACUUUAAUACCUGUCUUCGUGAAAGAAAAUUGUUGUCUCUGUAAAUGUUUCACCGAAUCAUAUUUCUUUCAUUGAUUGUUAGUAGUCUAUCUUGCAAUUUUAAUCGCUUGUACGUGCCGUUUGUUUUCAUCGUUCAUGAACAUCGCUUGCAGGAGUACUCAUAAAUGUCGCGCGUAUCAAACGCCUUGUAAGAUUACACAUCGUUAUAACUGAAACCAUUAAAUAACCAAAAAUAAUAAUAAUAAAUUCGUUAUUAUGUUGAAGCGUAACUCCAUUAAAGUUCAUUCAAACACUCGACCACACUGACAGCUCGCACUAGUAAUGAGAACCGGCUGGCCGUAUGGGUGAUUUUAGAACUUUUUUGAACGGUUUCGCUAAAAGCCCACGAUUGAUCGUCCUGAAUAUUGGCCAUUAAAGUGCAAUUUGUCUUGAAAAAUUGUGAAAUGCUGCAUUCUGUCCAAGGUCUGUUUCACCUCAGAUGUGAUGUAUAAAGAGUAUAAAAGGUUGGCUUACACACCCCCAGAUUUGUUGGCAAUAAUUUGUAAAGUAAACCUGUCAAAAGCAAAAAAAUUCGGCCUAAUUUGUUUUCGAGGCCUAAUCUACUGUGAUCAAGAACCAUUUGUGGCUCUUGAAUGUGAUCGAAGAUGUGUGCUAUUUUUUGGGCGUACAUAUAAGGCUAUCGACUCGAUGUAAGAUGUUUCACUCUAAAAUAACUUGGCCUUUCCCUCAAAAGUCACAUGAAUGUGCCCUUAACUAACUGAUUUGUGGAUUACAAGUUUAUCGUUUGAUUUAAAUUAUAAAUUUAUUAAUGGGAGCUUCGCUUUUAGCCCUGGCUAAAUCUAUAUAUUAAUAAUAAUAAUAAUAAUAAUAAUAAUAAUGAGAGUUCUAAAAGUGGAAGUUCGAAGCUCAUUCUGAAGGAAAAGAAAAGAAAAAGAUAAAAAAUAUGUAAACUUUUGGUAGAUAUGUGGUCAGAUCAGGUAAACCUACUAUUGUCUGCUAUCAAGUAUGAGGUAAUCUAGGCUGAAUUCUUGAAAAUAUACAUCGCACUAGCGACUGGAAACCGUGAACGAUAAGAUGAGUUUAUUUUUGUUUUGUUUUUAUAUCAUUUUAAAUUCGUGAGAGUUCAUUGCUUUAAAAGAUGAACAAUAACAGCGACAUCUUUAAGUAGCAGCGCGCAUUCAUUAAAGUGGAAGCAGGCAUUAUUGACUAAAAUUAAAAUAAGGCUAAUAUAAGGCUAAUUUCUUUUGCUUUAUUUACAGACAAAUGAUCAGACUAAUGAACGAAUACAGCAAUUAUUGAGGGCAAAUAACUGCACCAGGCUGACAUACGAUGAGGUACGUUUUUAAUUUUGCUCGUUUUACGACAAAACUUUUAUACUUGCUGCUUGUCAAUGAAGGAGUUUGGUUUUUAUUGUGUCCACUCUUUAGUUAAAAUUAGUAUGAAAUAAUCAAAAAUUAUACUUCGUUUAUAUUUCUCACUCAAUUGCUCAAGAAGUCAAGAUUUUGAUUAUUUUAAAGAUUGGCACCUUCGUACUUACGUUUUUUAAUUACUCCUAAGCUUGUAUCUAAAUAUAACUUAAGAAGUUCUAGCGACAGUACCGUACUUAAUUAUCCGAAUGUUAAACCCAAGGCCUUUCUUUUUGCCGCACGUAAGUUAUGGAAUGCUCUGCCAAGAUAUAUCAGGGAAUCCAUUUCUAUUGACACUUUUAAUAGAAAGCUGAAGACUCACCUUUUCAAAAAAGCAUUUUGUACCACUUAGAUUAUAAGAUUGUAUUUUUAGCUUAUAAUUUUUAAGAUUAUGCUAACAGAACUUAUUUUUUUAACUUUUAGCAAGAGAGGAUAGAGGGGACAGAGAAGGCAUCUCCCAUACACACCCUAUUCCAUAGGUAAUUCGUCUCGAGUUAUUUUUAAGACCAUAGAUCCCAAGGGGGGUUAGACAACAGCCAGUCACAUAGCGCUAAUGUGUUCCGCAUAGAUGACCCACGCUCAGAGCCACGCGUUCUUAACAAAUUGACGCAGAAAAAAAUGGCAGAAGACACGGAGAGCGAUAUCGCUAUUUGUUUUGUCGACGAAAACGACUAAAGAGAGAUUUCUGCUAAAGCGGUGUCAGAGAAACGGAAAUUAAAUAAGAGUCGCCUCUCCUCUCUUGUAUAGAGCUAACAGUACAGCAGGGAAAUCCUUAACACACUGAAUAUUCUCUCAGGAUCAUUUAUAAUUUACGGUUUGAAGAGAGCAAUUUCUGGUUUGAUAUUUAUUCUUUUAUUAGUCUUUUAUUAUUCAACAAAAAUAACCCUUGGCGUCCCACUUACUUUAUUAUACAAACGACCGGUUUCAAUAGACCGGCGAAAUUUCUCAUUUCAUUAAAGCACUAAGGUUACGACAACUUCGAGUUAAACUUAUUGCACGGGUUGUCAAGGAGUCUAGCGAUUUCCUUUUCCCAGGUGAGCGCCGACUCAUUUCGCUUCAAUAUUUAGAAAUGCUCUCGAUCUCUUUACGCUUUCAUUGCCUUUCGCCUGACAUGUUUUGCACAGCGUUUAGUCAUGCGGAACCUCCAGGAAACAUCCACGCAGCGCACGAGGUAACUUUAUCCCGAUUCUAAAAAUAACUCGAGACGAAUUACCUAUGGAACAGGGUGUGUAUGGGGGAUGUCUUCUCUGUCCCCUUUAUCCUCUCUUGCUUUUAGUCAUUUGAAUAUAUUUAUAUAGAUAUUCGCGCCUUAUAAGUCAAAGUGCAGCAUCACAAGUAUUCUCGAGAUGCGGACGUAGUUCCAUUCACUUUUGAUCUCGAUUUCCCUGAAGGUCUGAGUUGUCGGGAGUCGACUGUGGAUGAAAGCGGUGGGAAAACCGUACCGUACCGGCCGUGAAAAUGAAGAAUAUUAGAAAGGGUACGAGGGAGGGGGAGAAGGCGUGAAAAUUGGAACGGGAAAAGAGGGGGGGGUGUAACUCAACGGUUUUCAUGCCAGCAACACUAUGGUCCCAGCUUAAAAAAAGCAGUUCGUGAGAGAGAUCAAGGGGAAGGAGUGAAAAAGAAGGUCGUUGAACAGUCACAUGCACAAAAUAAAUAAAGAGCACGCCAGUGAAGAGGUCAGACGUUUUUAAAUGAAAUAGAUUCUCAAAAGUAGACUGCUUAGCCUGUCGAAAUAACGGAUCUUGCCGCAGAACGGGUGUUUUAGGAUUGCAAGAGUAAAGUAUAUUGAAUUAAUAUUAUGGAGGAGAAACUUAACGAGGCGGCUAGUAUACACUCGCGGGAGAGAACAUCUUAAUGAUCUGGCCCCAUACAUUUGCUCAUACAUUUGUUUAAACGUUGGAUAGCGACUAUCCACCGGAUAAACCACUAUCCAGCAGCCUGAUAAUUUUUUAUGUAAAUAGGGAAACCAAUUGCGUUAUCUACUGGACUUACUGGAUGGUUAUUUAUCCAGCGGAUAGCGUUAUAUAUUUAUAUAGAUAUUUGCGUCUUAUAAGUUCUGAAAUUGAAUAAGUUUGAAAUAGCGUUGUCCACCUUUUAAGCAACCCAGCCCUGGAAAGACGAGAGCAAAGAUCGCUAAUGUCGGGAAACCCAUGCGACAAGUAUGGGGAAACGUUCCACAGUUUGAAUGGAACAGGAACACUUUAUGGUGACGCAGUGUUAGAACAGGUCACAGAGUGAGUCCUAAUUAAUGAGGUAAAGGAAUCAGCUAAUCAAAUCCAAACGUGAAUGAAACUACGUUCGCAUUCCGAGAACUAAAGGACCCACACCCGCCCUCCCCAUCCCACGUCUCCGCCGAACUUGUGUAAAUCGUCUAACAAAACUAGUGAGUCUAAGGUGGAUUAGGUUUUUCUUUUCUUUAUUGGUAAAUGUUCAUGAUUUGUCAUUUUUCUUUUCUAUUUUUCAUUAAAACAAAAGAUGAAAAAUUGUCCGUUAUCGUUUGUUUGUUGUCUAUUUAAUGAAAAAAUGGAAAAAUUAUUCUCAACACUUGUCAUUUUUUUCAUUUCUCUUGUUUAUGGAAAAUUAGGCGAUAGGUAUGCCAUUUUUCGAUCUUUUAAUUUUUUGAGCAAAAUGAAAAAAUGAAAAAAUGGUCCGAAUAAAUAUAAUUUUUUCAUUUUUCUUGUUUUUCUAUUUUUUGGGAAAAACGGAAAAAUGGAAAAAGGAUCUAGGACUCGGAGAUUGUUUUAUUUUUCUCACUGUUCUAAUAAUAUUAAGAAAAUAAAAAUAGCAAAAUAUCGCUUUUAGCCGUUAACAGUAUUUUUGUAUUUUUGAAUUUAACUUCAAAAUUAGGAAAAUGAAAAAAUGAUCGAUUUUCCUGACCAUUUUCUUUUUUUCUCUUUUUUCUGUACUUUGAAAUAUGCAAAUAUGAUAAGAAUAAGUAAUAUUUCCUUUUUCGGUUUUUGUUGGAAAAAUGGAAAAUUAGAUUAGCCGAAGUGUGCACGGACCCUAUACGCGUACGCUGCAAAUGAAAUAUCCUUAAUACGAGCACGCCUUACUGAGAUCAAGUGGGCCUCGUCACAUAUCCACACGCGUACGUGGUGCGAUUUACAUUUGCUAACUACUAGCAAGUGACCAUACGCAAAUCGAGGCAGUGAUAUGUCAUUUUUUUAUGUCAUUUUGUUCCAGCUAUAUCUAGCACACUGGCGAAUCUUUCCUAGUUCUAACCGGCAAUCGCUUCAUUCUAAAAAUUCUGAUAUACUGGAAACUGGCCAUGGAACAGUAUCCAAGUAAUUAGAAGGUUGUUGUCCUUCAUUUUGAAAUUGCAAGGUUUCAUUUAAGCCUGGACCCGAGUUUAUGACGUUGUUGACUUGAAAAAUAAUUCGGUUUCAUUCGCCUACUAAUUCGCCAAACCUGUUCAAUCCAAAAAAAUUCACUCUGGCAUAGUUAGUAGAGGAAACUGUUUAUGACAGCCGGUAAACAUCAAAUAAAAAAAGUUGAAAACAACGGUGCUGUAGUUUAUGUUGAAAGCUCCCUGACCGAGCACAAUGAGAAUCCUUUGUUUUUUGUUCACAAAUUGGGACUGAAUAAAUUAAUAAGAUGUUUCUGUUGGUCAGUAAGUUCAAAAUCAUAGUAAUGCUAUGAAAAAGCUAACAAAAACAUAUAACAAAAGAAUCUAACGGUUUCAUAGCCAUUCCGCUUUAAUAAUUAUGACUCUGGAAAGCAGUUUAAAAAAGAUGCGGUUUCGUUGAAAGGAAUACAUUUGUUUCGAACGCCGAUUCGUAUAAAGGGGUUUCAAAAAUAUCCGGAGUUGUGCUUCGCCUUUUAAUGUCUCAUCUUAACAAAUCAUGUUGAUUGCGGCUUAUGUUCUAAACAUUACUUGGAAACAUUACAAAGUAAACUAUGACCUUUUGUGGAACAAAAUAUUUUGGUUUUUCCCUUUGUUUAGAAGAUGGAAAGUUUCCUGUAUCAUGAGGACAAUUCAAAGGAGUUUCAGAAGAAUAAAAAAAUUCAGGAUACAAUGGAGACGGUUUUGAUGUGCAUUUCAAUAGCAGCUGUUGUUCUUGCUCUUAUACUUUUGUCGGCCUUAAGGUAAAGUAACCCUCACAUUAUUUCGCCGUCCACUUCUGCUCCUUGGUUUUAGUGAAGUUGACAAAAAUCUCUGUAGACGAAGUUGACCCACCCCAAGCGGCUGUAUGAUAUGAAAGGGUUUGAUUUUGGUAAACACCGCAGAGUUUAAGAACUAUUAACUGGCGAAACUGAUGAGAUCUAAUAACUUUGCUAUACAAGUUUGUCUACUCAUAUCAAAGGAGUAAACUCUCUACACAGUGGCCGGUUCGCCGGCUAUGUGUCGUAAUUGGAGAACUUCUUUCUUGGGAUGUGUGGAUUAAGAAUGCUGUUACUAGAUGGUUACUUCAGUUUAUAUUGUAAAAUACCGUAACAUCGAUCUCGUAACUAUUUCAAGCAUUCGUGCUUUUUCAUGUUCGCUGGCAGGAUAACGAGUAUCGUCAAAGGGAAGAAUUUUAAUUUUGACAUGGGACUCAUUAAAAAUGAGUGUUUAUAACAGGAAAACAGUUGUUAAAGGUCUCUAAACUCAAUAAUGCAAUGAGCUUUGCUCUCAAAGGUUGUCUUAUGGGAUCUGUAAAUUCUACUCACUCCAACUUCUCUCUACUUCAAUGCAGUUUCUUUUCUUUCAAUUUGAAAGCAUUUCGGUGUUACUUUAUUUAUAUUUUAGAUUGAAAAACUCUGAGCGCAUCUUUAUACACAAGAGUCUCCUCGUGUCGCUGGGUGUUGGAAGUCUGCUUUAUGUUUUGGACAUUUCCUCGUUUACAACAAGAGAGAAAAAUACUGUAAGUAAAGUAAAGAUUCAUCCACUUCGAGCGAUCAUUAGCUGAGAGAUGUUUUCGUACGCAGGAUUCUCAUGCAGGAUUGGCUAAGACAAAAAAUAAACAAACAAACAAAAGCUAAGCCCUACCUAAGCCUACUGAAAAUCGAGUGAUUUUAGAAAUUCUAAACUUUCUACCAUUUUAUCCUUAAAAUGUCUAGGCCAGUUUCGUCAAACGAUGCACCAUCCCUACGAUGUGAAAGCCUUAAACAGGCUAUCAAGCGUAACGGUCUUGGGAAUGAAUUUGAACAAUAAAAGAUUAUCAUCUGAUAUACAAUCUCAUGAUCAUUAAACAAACUCUCCUGUUUAUACUGGUAAAGAACGAAAAAGCUAAAAUCAAUUAAAAAAGCAAGAGGACAGUCUUUAAGAUUAGUAAUAGGCUGCAGGUUAGCCUCUGACUUACACUAAUUCGUGCAGUAUUUAAAAAAGUGUCGAACGUUAUUUUGAAGUUGCAGAGGGGGCUGGACACGGCCUUUGAUCUUGCCACUUUUCGGCUUUCCAUGAUCGCCCCAGUUAAGAAAUCUGUCAAUCAUUCGAUAACUGUAGCGAGCAUGCGCGAAACGGGCUGGGAAAAACAACAAGGAGCUCAUCUUCGCAGUGAUUCGACAGUGUGAAGUGAAUUUAAUCCUGUUGGUCAUUGCUUUCUUUCGACUUUGCUGUAACCAAUUUUUUUCCGCGGUAAUGUGGAGCUUACGUUCUCUUUUCUUCUGGUCUUGCUGGGGAUUAGCUAGGUUCAGAAAAUAAAUGUUCAACUUUGCAUGUUUUGACAAGGAUCACACCUGGCUAACUAUGCUUCAAAGGGAAUUUAUAAAGUCAGGGAAAUGGUGACAUUUCUAUUUUUGCCUUUCCUUUGCCCACUGUGAUCAGUUUUUGCCAUACAGUUGCAUGUACUUUUUAACACCUUUGGACAUCAACCUGCCAGGUUAGUUUGUGUCUGUAUAUAAAUGUAGUUAAUGAAAUCAAAUCCUCUCAAAUCCUCUCAACUGGAUAUGAAAAACACCAUAGGAUGCCUUGGAAAAAAAUUUAAAAUCAUAUUAUUAAGAUAAUACAUUUAUUUGUAGUCAACUGAAUAACAGUUGGACACUUUUGUUGAGGCAGGCAAAAACCUUUUUCAGAGACCAUGAACAUUCACUGAUUUUGCUGUUACAAAAAGUGGUAAAAGGGUAUUAAAAUGUCAGAUCCCCUCCCUGGGCUUGCCCUGAAAGAGAUUAUGGGUGGCAUAGUAGGACACAUUGUUUAUUUCCCUACCCUUUUUAAGCCGGGAGCCGUUAUUUUAUAAUUCUGAUUCAUUUCAUUUACUAAUAUACAGAAUUAAGUUAACUUUUAAACUUAGAAACAUGGAAAAAACUUGGGGAAAAAUGGUGGUACCAAAAAUGUAACUAUAGACUGGUCUUCAUCAACCUUCACAGCCCAAACAGACACCCUGUUCAAAACUCUAAAGGGUGAAAUGGUCACCACCCUAAAUCAGCAGCACAUACCCAUCUAGGCCAAAUAAGCCAAGGGUAGUAUCAUAGAAAGAACUGCUGAGGGGAUUGGGCUUCAGAGACAAUAACUUCUUUUCAUGGUUGAUAAAAAAUCAAUUUUACCUUGUUUGUUUUUGUUGUAAAUCAAAUUCAUAACUUACACAAACAACUGAAGUUGUACAUUUUUUCAAGCUCCUUCUGAUUCUUUUUAUAAACUUUGCAAAACAUUCAAUUUUCUUUUUUUCUGUUUCUUGUACUUCAGUCCUUUGAGGGAUUUUCUCAAUGCAUAUCCGGUCUCUGAUGUACUCACUCUUAUUAGCAACUGGAUAAGCCUCUUCCCCACACUAAACCAUUAUAAUCAUUUCAAUUAAAAUUCAGAACUACAGUGUCAUUCUUGUGCAAACAAUUCCAAGGAAAUACUUGAAACCGAAGUCACUAUCUAAUACGAAACUACUAAAUACAGUACUCCUGUUGGAAAUUUAUUGAUUAUCACUCUAAUGAUAUUCCGGUGACGGUUUUGAAGGUUCAGUAAAACCCUUCCAGCCUUCUAAUAUUAAAAAUAGCUUUUACUGACAGACCCAGUAUAUGUGAAGCAAAGAGAUUAGAAAAUUUACUCUGGCUUUUACUAAAUUGGCCCUGUAUACUGUAUUUUCGCCCAUAUAUAUUUGUUGUGGCUCCCGGUUUACAAACAAACUGACGAACAGCGAAAUAGAAAAUUUGUUCAAUGAACAUUCCUAUGUGACUGUUGCAAGACUCAUACUAAUAUAGUGAGCUCGUAGCAUAUGUUUAGGAUAAGGAAGAGAGUUCUUAAUACCGCUGUAGGUGGAAAAAUAUAAGAGAUGGAGACCAGGCUGCUUGCUCGAAAAUUCACGAAGCUUAUAAAUAACUGAACUUGCAGAGAUGCCGAAACACGAUAAGUUUAGUCACCCAAGAGCUGUUCAUACAUCACGCCUCCUGAUGUCCACAAAUUCCAUUAAAAAUGUUCUUGAAAACCUUUCCUUGAUGUUUGGACGCGGGAAGACUCAAAACCGAGCAAACACUCAUCGUCCCUCCAUGUCUGCAUUCUUCGCCACAUUUGUUGGUAUUGAAGGAAAAUGGUACUCAGUCUCACUCGGCCAAAUUUCUUAACUGGGGCGAUCAUAUAAACUCGGUUCCAGACCUCGCUGCCAGCCCCCCCUGUGAAGUGGCUUUGGUUUUACAAGUUUCUGUACAAUGUGUUUGUCUGUUAAAACUCAAACCCUUUUGUUAGCCAACAUGAAGUAAAGCUAAAAAAGAAUGAUUUGCACCUAUGCCCAUGCAUACAGGAUCUAUUGUAUUUAUUUGUAUUUGUAUUUUAUUUUUACUCCAUCCUAUAGAUAAUACAUUAGUUGUACAAUAUUAAUUAGUGCAAGCGGUUGUUUAAACUAGCUUUUUAAAAGUUUCCUGCUUUUUGAUUGGCCUAAUUAAUCUAUUUAAUUAUUUAAUUCUAAAUAAUUUCUUUUUUCGAAUUAUAGUAAGAACUAUUUGUACUCGGUUGAAAAUAACACGUUCUGGUUGGCGUGGGAACUUGCUUUUUACCAGCUCACAACUGUGCCAAUUUAAAAAUAUGAGAUGCAUUUAUUUAUCAGUUAGUUCUUAUAUUUACACAAGAACCUGGCCGAGUGUCCUCUUGUUAGUAGCCAGUCACCAUUUGAGCUAAAAGGAUUAAGAUUCUCUUACUUCUCUUUCUCUAGGCUCUUUGCUCAGCAUUGGCGGUUUUUCAAUACUAUUUUCAAACUGCGCUAUUCACGUGGAUGCUGGUGGAAGGAGUAAAUCUUUAUAUUAAGCUGGUCAAAGUCUUCUCUGUUAAACAGCAGUACGCCACAUACAUAGGAAUAGGAUGGGGUAAGUACGGCUAAGAAAAUUGUGUUGUUUAAUAUAUUUGCAAAUGUGAGUGUACAACGCAGAAUGGUAUGAACUAAUCCAAGGCAAGCCUUGGCAAGGCUGCUAUAACCUGUCUGAGUAAAAUUAUAAAAGAUGGCAGGUUUCUUUGAUGCGAGUGUUGGUUGUGGGGAGUAAGUGAAAAAUGUCAGUUGACUUCAGUCUCGUUCUCUGACCGUUGUGGUCGUAAAAUCAAUUUUUAAGCUUUGAGUUUGAGUAAUAUUUACUGUACAGAAGAUGACAAUACACCCUUUUAAUGAUCUGCACUAUAUAUAACAUGCAUUUAGGAAUUAAACGACUUUCAUAGUUUUCCCUUUUAGAUUGACGAAGCGAAAACUGUUGCCACGAGCUUUUGAUCACUUGCUAUGGGUGGCUUGCAUCUCCAAGAAGGAAAUGUUGCUCGCGAGCUGCGUUUUUUAUCUCGGUUGCCGGACCAAUAAAAAUUCUUUCUGUUUCCUGUUCUAGUCAUCCCGGCUGUGAUGGUUGGGUUGGUAGCAGCGAUCAGACCCGUUUCAUUUGACAUGAGUAAACCUUUAACUGUUGAUAUCACAUGUGGAUCAUUAAACCUAACUGCAAGGACUGAGCGAGAAAGGUACGGCUAUGAUUUUAAUAGCACUCGUUUCAGCCAGGCACAUGAAAGAGUUUUUCGUCAGAAAGUCUUUACAAAGUCGGAAGAAUUACUAGCAUAUAGUAGAAAUGCUUCUGAAAUCAACGUUGCCUUCCUAGCCGGCUUAUAUCUGUCUAUUGUAGAAUAACAUGAUAUAAACCAUUUCAAUAACUGUGAGUAGAAUGAGUACAAACUUUUGGCAAUGAAUCUUCUGGGAUCGUUUGGGCCGACAAGUGUUAGUUAUGAUUGGUUAAUGGAUGCCUUUUGAUACCACUAAUCAGUAAUAACUAACGCUUAUCCACCCAAAUAAUCCCAGACGCCCGCUGGACCAUUUUGGGUGGAGAAUUGCAGUGUUUCUCAGUAAUAUUUUCAGUCAGUAAUAAUAUUCCGCAGUUUUUCUAGUUCCUGCAUGUUGCAACAUAUCUAAAAGAAUAGCUAAUAAAGUACGAGAGUCUAAUUGAUUCCUUCUAUCAGAAACACCUCCUUUCAAAAGAUAGACUGCGAGCAGUCUCUCUUUUUCUUCCGGUUUAGUAAGGGGAGUGCACACGCGCGCGCGAGCGGCGAAACCGCGAGACGCGCGAAACGAGGGCGGCAGCCUCUCCCAUCUCGCGCCAUCAGUCUCGCGCGUGGCCAUUCGCGUGUCUCGCGUUUUGCUCGACGGACUACAGAAAAAAGAGAGACUGCUCGUAGUCUAUUCAAAAGAUGAAAAGACAAAUUUUAUCAUUAGCUCGUUGCUGUUGUCGUUUUUUUUUCAUUUUUAGACUUUAAACUCAUUAACUCGUAGAAGGUUAGAAAAGACAUUUGAAACAACCUGGUAUAAAAUUUUCUUAAUCUUUAUAGAUGCUGGAUUAAUGGCAGUCUAUGGAUUUACAAAGGACCUAUCUUGGCCAUUCUUUUGGUAUGUAUGUACAUGUGUGAUUUAAUUAAAAUAAACUCAAAAACUCUAGGAAUGAAGGGAGCUACAAGAGUUUCGAGCAGAUUGGCCAGAUUUUUUUUACGCUUUGACAGCUUUUCUUGACACCUUUUCCUUGGGCUUGAAAUUUUCCUCUGAUCUUAUUUAAAAACGUACGUUUUUAUAAUAACUGCUCCACUGGCGCGACUGGCAGAUAUUUCAGUCCCGUGAUAUCAAAGUAUAAAACAUGAUAACGUUUGAGGUUUAGGUCCCUUUUGAGUUUUGUUCUUAACGGGAAGUUGACGAGUGUUGACAAUCCACGCCACGUGACACGUUCUCAUUAUUUCCCUUGACUCUUGAAUCCAGUACAGGCAAUAUUAUAAUUGUACUUUUAUGCCAUGUAGGUAAAUUUGGUGUUGUUUGUUAUUCUCAUUCGUGUGAUCUUUGGGAAAAUAUCCUCCAAGUAUGGAAAUAACCGUGUGAUCGCCACCAGGUAAGGAAACCUCUACGAUUAACAAGAGAGAAAGCUAACUUCGAUAUUGUAACUCUCUCAAUUAAGAAAUUAAUCUAAUACGUAAAAAAACGUCUAUUUGGUACCAAUUGGUGCAUUUUCCCUUUUCAGAAAAGGGCUAAGAAGCACAAUCGCUCUUCUUCCGUUGCUUGGUGUCACGUGGCUGGUGGGCUUUUUUAUUGAGCUUCAUUAUGCCGUGGGAUACCUGUUCAUUUUGCUCAAUUCAACUCAGGUAAAGUUCUGUUCUUAUAUUAUUUUCAAUUAGAACAUGCAGACUUGCCUUUACGAUAGCCAGUUAUUUUGCUUAGUUAAACAAGGUAAAGUAGGUCGUUGCGUGCUUGCAUAAAGCAAGUUACAUGUAACGGAUUAGGCACAGCCAUUACCCUCAGGAAGAUUUUCUUGGGUGCUUUCAUAGAUAAAUAGGCCACUUCCGAGUUCCAAAAACCCUCAUUUUCAAAAUGAUGCCAAGUACGAAACCUUUCCUGUGAAAAUGAGUUUUAUUUGCAUGUGAAUGAAAAAUCAUUUUCAUAUCAAAGGCUGAGCACCUAACCUCGUUUUCAUACAGAGGCCCGGAGGAACUCGGAAAUGGCCUACGGCCCAGGGCAGAUUAAGAAGUGUGGGAACACAAACAAAGCAUGAAAGUAUACUUCAGAACAUGGGAAAUAUUCGCAGAAAAACAUUCCAAAUAACACAAAUUUGCUUUAUACAACUAGCUGUGCCCGUGUGAACAUCAUUUCGGAUCAAAGUACGUCAGUAUACGAUUAUCAAUCGCGAGAGCCCAUCCAAAAAAAUAUUUGAACUUGAGAUAUAUUUUUUUAACCCCAGUUUAGAUCGGGCUUUUUGGCUUACUGCAGGAGACCAUUAAAUAUUCUUCACUGAGAUCAAUGAAGCUAUGACAGUAAAGUGUCAGGAAUGCACGUCUAUUACAUCGGAAAAGUUCUCCUAUGAGGCCAUGUGACGUAACUUUUACGUCAGGAAAAUCUGAGCAUGCCUCUGAAUAUAGCUAUGAAAGAAUUUAUCCAUGGCCGCAACUCCGUUUAGGAUUAGUGAGAACUCUGUGACAUCUUUGAUGAUGUAAUUUUAUGAUUGUGAGAUAUCUGACUGUAAACAAUAUUUGAAGCACGAAAGCAAAGUUUUGGUACACGUAGGAUCUUUCGCCUUGUUACACUGAGAUACAAAACUAGAGGGACACUUAAUAACAGUAUAUUUUUUGUUUUUCAACAGGGAGUCCUAUUUGCGAUAUUUCAUUGUUUUCUUGAUGACCAGGUAACAAAUCAUUCUCCAUUCACAACUGCAAAGUUUCGUCCUAUAGGAAACUAAAUAACCUCAACAAUAAAUCAACUAAUAAACUGAUGAUGCUAACUCAAGGUAACCGGGCCGCCCGGGGGGGGGGGGGGUACUCCCUUAUAAGGGCUUAAUGGGGACGUGCGGCCAGCCAGGGUAUGUUUUUCGGGAUUUUUGUCUUAAACAGGGUAUCGAAUUUAUCAUUUUUUGUCUUAAUCAGGGUAUCGAUUUAUCAAUUUUUGUCUUAAACAGGAUAUCUUUUCUUGGACGAUAAACAGCAAAAUUUUUACAAGCUCUAAUGUUAAUUAAUAUUGACUUCCGUUGAUUUUGGCAUUGAUACACAGGGUAUGGUUUCGGGUUAAAUGUCUUAAACAGGGUGUCAAAAAUCGGAAUUGUGUCUUUUAAAAACAGGGUAAGAAAAUCAGCGCAGCACCUCCCCACUCAAGGAUAUAUCGAGUACCCCCCGGGCCGGGCCGUAUACUAACGUAAAAAAAAAUUACAAUUGUAAAGUUCUUUUUACAAUAACUGAAUUAUAUCUCGCACACUGAUUGGCUAAUUUUUAUUAUCAAUAAGAGGACAGACACAUAAAAUUUUAGUUUAUGCAAGACGUGGUCAUUUGCCGAACGAAUGUCGAGCUUCGGUGUUUUUACUUAGUUUAGUUAUUGAGAAGAUUCACUUUUUUCUGUUCUCUGAGAAAAAUAGCCAGACAGCUCUGAUGGGAGACUUGCAUCUGUUUGGAUUCUCUGCAAAAAGCUUAAGCAGAGGAAAAUAAAAAAGACACUUUCAAAACUGCGACUUUGAUAAGCUUUUAAUAUUCGUAUAUAGCUUUAAAGUUAAAAAAGGAAGAAAACAAUUCUGAAAGUCUAACUUAUUAAAAAUAAGCACAUUAAUAACGGCAGUUUUCUUUUGACAAGUACUGAGUGUUUUUCUGAUCUUUUUUUCCGAAAGGAAAACAAACUUUUUGUACAAACGUUAUGGAAUUUGUAAGUACCUGGAAGUUGAAUUGAAACUUCAUGCCUAUAAAACCCACCUUUCGGUUUGAUUGUACACAGCUCUUAUAGCUGAAUGGCAUUCAGGACGAUAAACAAUACAAGAACUGAAGUUCUUGAUCGGCAAGCAACUCUUCAAACCUGCCAGGCUAUUUUGAUCUAAAGACAGCUUAACCGUACUGGCUUCGACUUGUUCGGUUACUCUAACGGCUCGAAAAUCUUUCCUUGGAAUGAAAAGUUUGUUGUGGCUCCACUCGCCGAUCCAUAACACUCUGACAAUGUUAUGACGUCAUUUUAUAAUCAAUAAGAGGACAGACAAUAAAAAACUGGCGUCAACUUGUUAAUUUGAUAAUUUAUAUACUAAAAGGCGCUAUAGCAAAUUUAUAAAUUAUUUACUGAUUAUUACAAACGAAAUAGAAUAACUCUAACUGUAGUUUAGUAACAAAACAAAUAUCCUUGAAUUUAAUAGUUUUGACGUCAAUCAGUUGGUAACGCCUUAAAAAUUCAUGUAGUAUCAGGUAUCCAAAAACUUUACUUCAUUUAGGUUCAAGAGGCCAUUCGCAAGUUUUGUCCACGCGUCACUGUACAUAACAGCAUCAGGACACUGAAGACAGCAGGGGAUACACCUUCAUCCAUCGCACAUUUAACACCAGCCAGGGAUAAAAACAUGUUGCAGCAUUCAGGUACCUUGAACUCAAAGGGCUUCACAGUUGUUUCUUUGCACUUGACAUCUAGUAAGGCCUACAGGCAUCAUACCAACAUUUAAGACACAGGAUAACCAAUUUCAAUCAGGGGCCACGACGGAUACCGCUAAAUACAUUAAAAACUCUUUUUAUGCUCAAAUCCAGAGUACCUUUAGAUAUCUUGAAAUGCAUUUUAGGAGGCGCUAUAAAAAUUUGUAUCUGCCCCGUCAUCCUAGGCAAAGCUGAGUGUUUUCGAAAUUACAAAGGCUUCAGUAUUAUUUUCCUGAAAAUUUUAGAUGUAAUUUAACGUAUUACAAAGGUGAGAAUUUUUCUGAUUCCUCCCAGCCUCUCCAUCACAUUUUUGAAUCCGAAAAUUUUAGGUUUCGUUUUUUACUACGAACUGAAAUUUAUCAGAUAAGCUGCGAAAAUUGUAUGUUAAUGGAUGGUCGGCCAGGUAUCUUAGCCGUCCUCAAAUAAUAGAAAAUUCUCGGCAAUAUUUUCUUCUUCGAACAGAUAUUCAUAAUACAGAAAGCAGUCGUUGGUUCCGCUUGUUUAAACAGGGGUGUCGACUGAAGCAUUGAAAGGUUAUAGAAGCAUUAAUAGCUCCCUCGAUGCUACCGAACUUGCACUGAGAUCAUUUACCAAUGGAAAGAGUCGAUUUCAAUAUCGUUAUAAAUAUCGAACGUUUCAUCUUAUCAACAUGACGGUUUUUCACCGUCUCGCGGUUUUAGAGGAAAAAAAAUCCACGGAACAAUUUAGCUUUUUUUUUUCACCAUUCUCGUAAGAAUGUCGCCACAUGUCGAAGGAUCGUAGCUCUGUGAGGGGAAUGAUAUUUAACCAGUAUUCUUUUAACGUGUCAUAAAAUGUCCACAAAUGUUGUUCCAAUCAAGAUGAUUUUUCAACACAAACAAUUCAUCAUUCGCUCACACGCUUCUUUAAUUUUGUAUCCGUCUGCAGAUGAAAGUACCACAGGAGCAGAUGCAGUGACAAUCAAGGACAAACAUGAUAGUGAAACGAACUUGUAA